UGUGCUAAACACUGGAUUGGAUAGUGAUAAGCUGGGUCGGGGGAAUGUUGUUGUGUGAUAUGGAAUUUCAACUUUGUCACUUGAGACAGACUUAACCGUGUCUCGGGAACAUAUUGAUUUGGUUGUGUUUUUCUCCUGUUGGAUUUUUUCAUUGAUAUUUCAUCAGCUGCUUUAAUGUCAGAAUUAUGACACUGACUACAGACAAGUUUCAGGGGAAUGGUGGGAUGGAUAUAAUUGACCUGCUCCACAACACCGAUGAAUCCAUCAGUUGCCGUAGCAACCAACCGUGGACUAUCACAAUUAAUGAUACACUGACCACUAACACAAGUGGUGCAGAUGACUUCUUGGACGCCCUGCUUCAGGGAAGCGACUCCUCGUCUGUGCCAGCAUCCCCUCUGUGGUCGCCCUGCACCACUGACAGUGGCAUCAACGAGGACCCCCUGUCAGAAUCCACAGAUAGCCCACACCAGACCCCCUGCACAGCUUUUCCGGCCUUCAACAUCCAGGCUUUCCCUCAGCUUCCUUCUCUGGACUACCAGCCACCAGCAAAUGAAAAAAAGCCUGAUAUUUCCAUCGAUCUAGGCUGGGAAUCUGGAGGCUUCCAGGAGGAGUUUGAAUUUGCAUACUACCUCUCUCCAAACCAGAACUCUCUGCUACCAUCCAACCACAGCCUCUCAGUGAAGGACCUGCUGUUAUCAAACGUCGGACAGAAAGCGCAACAAGACCCCCAGCUUUCCCUGCAGGAGCUUGUCCUUAAUGAGGAUGAGAAGAAGCUUCUGGCUAAAGAAGGCGUGAACUUGCCCAGCAAGCUGCCCCUCUCCAAGUUUGAAGAGAGGGUUUUAAAGAAGAUCCGGCGGAAAAUCCGCAACAAGCGCUCAGCUCAAGAAAGUCGGAAGAAGAAAAGGGAAUAUGUUGAUAGUCUGGAAGGAAGGAUGUCCGCAUGUAGUUCUCACAACCUGGAGCUACAGAGAAAGGUCCAUCAGUUGGAGGAGACCAACAGUGCUCUGCUGGAGCAGCUAAGUCGGCUACAGGCUCUCCUUCCUAAUAGUUCCAGGAAAACAACACACAGAGGAGCCUGCAUCCUGGUUUUGCUCCUCUCCUUCUCUCUGCUCAUCUCCUCAAAUCUGCAGCCAGACCCCUACAGCCAAGGCAGCCGGGCAGAGUAUGCAGAGACCAAAGUGCCGUCCCGUUCCCUGCAGUCCAUGGGUGGAGAGCGAGACGCCACUCCUGCUCCUCUUCGUCUUCCUCUCCUCUCUGCCUCCAGGGGUUUCGAAGCCCUGCGAAGCCUGACAGAGAAGCUCUGGACCCGGACAGACUUCCCCGCAGUACACUGGCCCCCCUCUCAAUCCCAGGAUCACAGGCAUAAGGACGAUCACUGAUCUCCCCUAAGAGGAAGGAUGUAGCAGAGGAGUGCAGGCGUGCUUGCAAGUGCGGCAUCCAAAUGAGCAGUUUAAUUGCUUUUCGGCAUCUGUUUGUCACUGCAAAGACUGGGCAAGGGCAUAUGGUGUUGGUUAAACACACAAACAUGUGGUCACCCACACUUUUUUUUAAAUAUUAUUAUUAUUUUGCUUUGAAAAAAUAACCUAUAGGGACCUGGUGGAUCGUGUAUUGGUCGUACUCUAGGUUAUUGCUGAUGUAUCAUUUAGAAAAAACUAAAUCACAUAAAAAAAAAAAAAAACUGAAACAUUUCUGAUGUGCUUUUUGUAUCAGUUCGGUACAGUACACACUGAGCAUGAGAGAAUUGAAGGUUUCUCCUGAGAGUUUUGGAACUGGCCGAAGGUUUGUUUUCUCAGCAGCACCAUAUGUCCAAUGUGGAACUGAUGUGGUUUCUAUGUAUAAUAAGGCAAUAUUUAAAAAUAAAUAAAUAAAUAAAGUGACGAUGAGCUUCAUAUCAUGCCAGGUGUCCAUAUGGGAAACUGGGUUACAGUUAUUAAAAAUAAUGGACAUCAUCAGUUUGAGGAGCGAAAUGUUUUGCUAAGUAGUGGUUGUAUAAAUGUGCUGGUCAUGGAUCAAUGUGAAAGGCCUUUAUUCUGGUGGGCUCAAGGAUAAGGGACAACGCUGUUAUUUUAUGCAUUUGAAGGUUGAUGACUGAAACUGCUGCAAGGAGUGUUUGUGCUGUUAUUCUUGUUCUCGGUUCAGACAUUCAGCUAAUCUGUUCCACUGGAUUUUUUAUUUAUUUAUUUUUUUUCUUUUCACAAGAUCUCAGCUGUAAAUUCAAGUCUGAAAACAAAAAGCAAGGACGGAACACAACUCAAUCUCCGUUCAUAUACACUGUAUUUAUAACACUAGCUACAAUCAGCCGUGAGAUCACAUGAUAAAAAAAAUAUUUUUAUUUAUUGCAUGUGUUAAAAAGGUUCAAGAAUUUAUGGCACGGUUGGAAGUACAAUAAAAUAAUGGGGACGCGUCUACGUUCUGCAGUCACACACGUUUACAACCCAUUACACAAUCAGCUUUUUAUAACUUAAACAACAGACUGGGACAUUUAAGAUACAUCUGAAAGGCCAACAGAGGCCAGGGUAGUCAUGCUAUAGCUGUACUGCGAACUCUGGGCUACAUGUUAAUGUUAGCAUGCUAACUAGCGCUCAGUUGCACACAGUGAGGUGGUGGUUAGCACUGUGGCGGUUAAUCCAUCGGCCUUUCUGGGUGGAGUUUGCACGUUCUCCCUGCGUCUGUGUGGGCUCUCUCUGUGUCCGGCUUCCUCUCAGUGUCCAAAGACAGAUUGGGAGGACUGAUUCUGAUUUGGCUGUAGAUGUGAGUGUGAAUGGUCUGUCUGUCUCCUUGCAUAAGCUCUGCAAUAGACUGGCAACGUGUCCAGGGUGUAGCCUGGGAUAGGAUCCAGUGGACAAUUUGUAGUAGCUUGCCUGCUUAUGGUGCUCAAAGUACAGUGGCUGGGGAUAGUUUUUCAUAUAUUUAUUCAAAAAGUUUUGAUCUGAUUACGGUGCAAAGUAAAAAGUUAAACUAAUUUUGUGUGGUAAUAUGAAUUCAUCAUUACAGCAGCUGUUGUAAAACUCCACCAGAGACUUUUAAUAUCAACCUUGUCAUGAUGCCAGAGAAGAAGUCAACAUCAGGAUCUAAUACAAAAUCUAAAGUGCUACAGAGACAACAUAUCAACCUUGAACAUGAUAACAAGUUCCAAAAACUUGGGACCGCAGCAUGUUUGCCUCUGUGUUACAUCAACUCCUCUUUUAGAAAGUGUUUUGGACCUGAGGAGACCAAUUUGAAAGUUAAAUGCUUUCAUUGCACAUCAUUAUGCAGUGAAUAUCUUUAGAGGGUGUCAAGUCUGGACCGCAGACAGACCAUUUUGGCAUUGUCAUCUGGAUGCCAGCGUAUGUUUCACUAAAACCUGUUUACGGAGCAUGAACGGCGCCGUCACAGACGCGCUAAGUGCUCUAAUGCACUCCCAUACUGUCACAGAUGCUAGCUUUUGAACUGUGAGCUGUGAAAACGAGCAAGCAGCUCCCUGUCCUCUUUAGCCCACAGAUACCUAUGUGCAUGAUUUCCUAAACGAAUUAAACAUUUUUGAUUCACCGAAGGACAGUUUUUCUCU